AUGAGUACCCCUUCAGAACCGGACACGGAGCACACCGGUUCAGGCUCUCAAGCCGCUCAGGAAAAGUCUACUACUAUGGAAAAGGAGCUAAAAGAUAUGAGUACGGGGGAGCAGCUCGAGUGGCUGGACAAAAGAUAUCUAGAAGACUGCGAAAAGCUGCUCUCGAGUCCGGCCAAGGACGGGACAGUUAGUGCAGACACCAACAAUCCCGCCUUCUAUACAGGCUGCCUCUCUCAGAUAACUGCAAUCCUUCGUGCCCUGCAAAAAGAUUGGAACAGUGCGUAUUUCCCGCACUCUCUGAUUGCGUUACGAGACCUCAUUCGGCGAUACCAGCUACUCGAUGUGAGCCAGUAUUACGCAAAAACCUUGGUGUUCGUCCAGAGCAGCGGCAUGGGUAAGUCAAGGUUAGCGGAUGUUUUCGGCCAGUACUGUCCGAUGAUCAACUUCAUUCUUCGUGAGUCUGGAACUUCCGGCUUUCCACCUCCUGAUGGAGAGAUACUAUCAUUUCUACGCGACAGGCCGCCGGCCAACCUCGGGCGCAUCAGCUGGCAGGGAACAUCUAGUGAUUUUCCGGAGAGGAGAGUAACCGUUGCGUGGAACUACACUCUCGCUACAGCAUUGCUUCAGGCCAGUUUCGAGACAUUUCAUGCCUGGGUAGAGAGCCAGGCCUUUACCACAAUGACUCUUGAAGAGCUUGCAGGUAGCAGGCAUGCAGAGAUGGCCACACUUGAACCAAGUAUCUUUGCUGAAAACGCCGAGAGCCAACGGUCCGAAAUGCGUGUCAAGUUCUGCAAUUCGGUAGCGAAGAGAGCUCGGGUGAUCGCUCAAGAGUUAAUUUCCAGCCGGGAUUGGAUGGAGAAGUUCGAUGAUGACAGACCGUCCAAGAUUCACCGUCGACUCGAAAUGACACACAGUGAAGAUCAUCCCAAUCCCCUAAACGGUCUUCUUAAUGUUGCCGAAAACCUGAUGAAAAUUCUCCAACAGUGUCGAGGUACCAGCAGCACGGACCCACUCUUGGUGAUCGUCUUCGACGAGGCGUCAAGUAUGAUGAGAAAGUAUCGUGCCGACGAGCCAAAUAUCGAACUCUAUGUGGCGCUCAAUCGAGUCAUCAGUUAUCUGAAGAAGUUUCGUGUGUGGUCUAUCUUCCUCUCAACAGAAUCUCUCAUCAGACACAUUGUACCGCCGAGCAAUACCAGCGACUACGUUCAGGACCCCUCCACUUAUACUGAUCUGAUGCGCUUUCCCCCGUUUGUGAGUCUCCAGCUCGACGUCGAGGACAGACGAAGGAUGCAGAAUCCAAUGCUAAAGAAAGAGGAACUCCUUAAGCCGUUAAAGACAUUUGCGAACCUAGAGCAUAUGGCCCUAUUCGGUAGGCCUCUCUGGUACAUAUAUACACAUGCGGAACGGGGUAGUAUGAUCGAAGUGGCUAAAUUGAAGCUCAUUGCUGGCCGGCAGCGGGGAUAUUACGAUCCUAACGACCCGGACCACGUAUUUGCUGCACUGUCCUUUCGCCUCUCUUUGGAUGUCUGCCUACAGAAUCCCGCCACCGUCUCCCUCAACGAGACAGCUGUGAGUUGUUUCAUGAGAGUGGUCAUAUCUAUGGAUCACGAGACCGGAGUGAUGGACACAACGACGCCAUCAGAGCCAGUAUUGGCCAGGGCAGCCAUGGAGCAUCUCUGCCGCCGGGGCAACUGGCCGUAUAGCAUUCUCACGCUCUGUAAGAAGCUCCUUGAGAAAGGAUUGAUAGAAAAGGGGCGCAAAGGAGAACUCUAUGCUCGGUUAGUGUUGAUUCUGGCGCACGACUGCGUUCGGUGCGUUCCACCAGAUCCCGCUUCACAAUUGGCACCAACCUUCACGGUGUCCGACUUUCUCAUGGCAUUGUAUGCUAGAGAUCAUCACGAUUCAAUUCGAAAGAUACCGAAGCGGACACGCGAAGCCAGAAUGAACUUCAUUCAUUUUGUACCAGCUUAUACACGACUUUCCCCCGAAGUCAUUCCUGCAGUAUGUCACGACCUGUUACGUCGAAGCGCGGCGAUGCAGCUGUCUUGGGACCAGCAAAUAUACGAUCUGCUGAUUCCUGUGUACUAUGGCACCGAGGACGAGAAGUUCGACCCGUCGAACUGCGGAGUUAUCGUAGUACAGGUGAAGAACCAGAAUAAUGCCACAACACCUCGAGAGAUAUUCAGAGAGGACUUCAUUAAUGUCAGUCCGGAAACGUCGAACCCGGUUAAAUUAGAGGCAAGAAUUUCUGAGCGCAAGCCGACGAAAUUUCUGUUCAAUCAGAUGGCAAACCCUAUUCUGUUCCUCCUCUUCGAUCUAGGCGUGGUUGGAGGCAGCCAGGCUGACGGUCCACCUGUUCAAGUAAUGCACAGCGAAAGUGGACAACAACCAGAUUUGUGGGCGAUCCAUUCGCGAGGACAUGAUCACACUAUCUUUGGCUGCUUACAGCAUAUGGAUUCUGGAAUCUGGAGCGAGCGACUCUUUAAUUCAGUACGAACAGCCAACACUCUGGCUGACCGACUCUCUCUGAGAAAUAGAACCUUCUAUCAGCCUUGGCGAAGCUUUAGAUAUGAGGGAUUUGAGCAAGAAAUGGAAGCGAGUGCGGAAGGGACCGAGAGGGGUGUGCAAGAACAGGGUGUGGAUAACGCUGGAAAAGAAGGCGAAGUGGUUAAUAUCGAAGCGCAGGAAGAGGAAGCAAGCAAUACCCGAUCGAAGAGAAAGGAGGUGGAAAGUCCCAAGGAUAACUGGUUCGGCAAAAGAGCCCGCAACUUUGCCAAAAAUCAUCUCUGUUUCGGAGACGCUUAG